AUGGCCGAUCAACCUCUGCCCCAGCGUCGCUUCCAGCGGCCCGUCGUCUUCAUCUGCGACAUCCAGGAAAGGUUCCGCCCCGCCAUUUGGAACUUGGACGCCGUCAUCGCGACAACGGCCAAGCUGCUCCGCGCCGCCCACAUCCUGCGCAUCCCCGUCCACACGACGACCCAGAACGGUGCGCGCCUCGGCCCCACCGUCUCGGAGCUCGAAUCCCUCCUGACGCCGUCCGACCUCGUCCACCCCGUCGUCGACAAGACGCGCUUCAGCAUGUGGGUGCCCGGCGUGGCCAAGCAUUUUGAGAGCGGCGACAAGGCCGAGGUCAUCCUCGUGGGUAUCGAGUCGCACGUUUGCAUCACGCAGACGGCCCUUGACCUCAUCGCCAACGGGCACAAGGUCUACGUCUGCGCCGACGGCGUCAGCAGCUGCAACAAGGAGGAGGUUGCCGUUGCGCUGGCGAGGCUCAGGGGCGAGGGCGCCACGGUCACGACGAGCGAGAGCGUGCUGUACGAGCUCAUGGGCGAUGCCAAGGUUGCCGAGUUCAAGGACAUCGUCGGCAUAGUCAAGGAGACGAGCAAAUCGACCAAGGACAGUCUGCAGGCGUUGCUGUGA